AUGUCUGCCACAUCUGAGAGCAGCCACAAGGCAUUGCCCAGUGAGGUCAAGGGCCACACAUGGGAUGACGAUGAUGGCCAGGGCUCAUCAGGGGUACCAGAGCUCGAUGAGACCUGGGAUGCGGGCUGGGAGGACCCGGCCGCCGAAGACAAUAUCAGCCUGCCAGACCGGAUCAACCGUUUCGCAGCCGACGAGAAGGACCUGAAGAACUUCUGGAGCGUCACCUUCUCACCUCGUCGAUACAAGGCCCUCACCGAGUUUUACACAAACCAACUCACGGCCCUCGCAGCAGCGACACCAUCGUUCGACGCCCUCGACCAGGAGAGCCAGGUCGACUACCUCCUGCUGCAGAACCAUAUCCAGAGGAGCCUACGCCGCAGGAAGCUCGAGGCCAGGCGAGACAGCGACGCCGCGCCUCUUCUCCCGUUUGCACCGCCACUCGUCGAGCUGUGCGAGGCACGCCAGGCUUGUGACUUUGACGCCCUGGAUCCCAAGCACAUUGCUGCUGCCAUGCACGAUGCUACGGGCGCCGUGGUCGAGACCCAGGCCCGUAUCGUCUCUGGGAGGCUGCAGGUCAGCAAAGAGGCCGCCUACCAAGCAAUCAAGAACAUAGAAAACCUCCUCGAACGGCUGGCAGACCUGUACGGCUUCUUUCGAGGGUUUCAACCCUCGUUCGACUGGUGGGUGCAGGCACCCUACUCGGGCCUGACAGACGCCAUCCAGUCUCUUGUGCCCAUCAUCGCCACAAAACUCGCAGGCAUGCGGUCGCACGACAGCCCAGACGAGAUCAUCGGUGAGCCCAUCGGAAAGGCCGGCCUGCUGGUCGAGCUCGAGGCCGAGAUGAUCCCCUACUCGCCCCGGGAGCUCCUCGCCAUCGCCAACCAAAAGUACGAAUGGUGUGAAAAGGAGAUGAAAAAGGCCGCCUCGGAGCUGGGCUUCGGCGACGACUGGAAGGCCGCCCUCCGCCACGUGCAGAAUAUCUACGUCGAGCCGGGCGAGCAGCCCCAGCUGGUCCAAUCUCUCAUCGGCUCGGCAACCACCUACGUCAAGCAGCACGACCUCGUCACGGUGCCGCCCUUGGCCGAGAAGACGUGGCGCAUGUUCAUGAUGACCCCCGCCGCGCAAAAGGUCAACCCGUUCUUCCUGGGCGGGCCCAGCAUCAUCGUCUCGUACCCGACGGCGGCCAUGGCGCACGCCGACAAGCUGAUGAGCAUGCGCGGCAACGGCCCGCACCUGUCCAAGGCCACGGCGUUCCACGAGAUGAUCCCGGGCCACCACCUCCAGCUCUUUGUCGGCGCCCGCGCCCGCCCGUACCGCCGCCUGUUCGACACCCCCUUCUAUACCGAGGGCUGGGCCAUGUACUGGGAGCUCGUCCUCUGGGACCGGGGCGACUUCUUCACCAGCCCAGAGGACAGGGUCGGCACGCUGUUCUGGCGCAUGCAUCGCUGCGCGCGCAUCCUCUUCAGCAUCCGCUUCCACCUGGGCCUGCUGACGCCGCGCGAGUGCGUCGACCUGCUCGUCGACAUGGUCGGCCACGAGAGGGCCACUGCUGAGGGCGAGGUGCGCCGCUCGCUGGCUGGCGACUAUAGCCCCUUGUACCAGGCUGGCUACUUCCUCGGUGCCAUGCAGCUGUAUGCCCUGCGGCAGGAGAUCCUAGGUGAGGGUGACGGCGUGAUGAUGAUGAUGAUGAUGAUGGGGGAGAAGGCGUUUCAUGAUCGCGUGCUGGCUGCGAAUCAGAUGCCUAUUGAGCUUCUUAGGGCCUUGAUACGCGGGGAGACGCUGAGUCGGGACUAUAAGAGCAAGUGGAAGUUUUAUGAUGAUGUCACGGAACUGGAGACUGAGGUUACUGAGUUGAAGGCCAAGAUCACGGAGACUGAGUCCAACAUGAAGGAGAUUAUCGACAAGCGAGCUUAG